AUUUUCCAGUUAUAUGCCUUGGGGCUUAUAGGAGAGCCAAACAUAGAAUUCGAUUCAGACUGCGCCCGACUUCUUGAAGGACUAUAUGAAGACCACGGCGAUACUUUAGCUUUGCAAUACGGAGGGUCGCAAUUAGUACACAGAAUAAAAACUUAUCGUAAGACUGCGCCAUGGUCGUCACACGGUAACGAUAUAAUGCAAACUCUGAGUAGAUACUAUUCCAACACUUUCUCCGACACAGAGAAACAAAAUACGAUGAAUUUGUUCCUUGGGCUUUUCAUCCCAGACCCGUCCAGACCACCGAUUUGGGAAUACCAGACUGAUUACUAUCUUCACCAUCCAGAAGCUAUGGUGUACAUUCCUAGGAACCGUUCCCUAACAAAAUGGUGGGAUGAUGACGUGGUCCGACACUUACCUCUGCCGUGCAACGAGAUGAGGAAGCUGUGUUGUGAGAUCAUUGGCAUGCAGGGCGAUAGUAGCAACACUAUUGAGAUGGUCGACGCUUACAACGAUUACAACAGGCCGUUCGAAUAUACCAUGCUCAUGGAGUGUUUUGAAUUCAAGAUGUUCCACACACUUCGGGACUUAGCCCCGACGUUUUCAGAAAGCUUCAGUCCGUUCGUAGUGCGCGGCCGGUCCGGUGUGGGCCCGACUAAGGGGCCCACUUCCAAGAACCCGGUCAUCAGUGGCCGGUCCAGCACCACUUCGAAUAAUUCUAGCGAUUCAAACGGCGAUUCAUCAACUGAUGAUGACUUGACGAACUCGACUCCAAGCGCCCGGUUCUCAGUGCCAUCACCGCUCACAAUGGUGGCGAAGAUAUUAAAAGCUAAAGAAGUUGAAGAUACACCGAUGUUUCCCGCCAUCAAAAGAAUUAACAGGAUCGCCUUGAAGGAGCCUAGUAAACGAGAUAGAGUCAUGUAUAACCGGUACGUGAAUUUCGAGCGUCGUUCCAAUCCCCGCUACAAGUCUGACAUCCACAUAGUGAUGACCGUCAAUAGUGCGUUUACUAUCGACAGUUCUGUAGACGUUAUUCCGCCGACCGUGUCCAAAGCAUCACGCGAAAUAUAUCGCGAAUAUGUCCAAAGAGGUUCCGGUGACGUUAAAGUCAAUAUAAAUUCUAUGACAUGUUACCAGAAAUAUGUUAACUUUAGUCUAUAACUUUAGUAUCUCUUGUAAUUUAUACAUAUAAUAUAACUGUUAUUUUCAAAAUAGCAUAAGUUUUACAGUAUUCUAAUAUUUAUU